CAUCUGUUUUCUUGGAAGUUUUUAUUUUUCCUGUCCUUGCAGGCUUUUCUGAUGUCUCUUCAGAAGAAUUGCAAGGAGUUCUAUGGAGUACUAUGACAGCAAACAAUAUAACUGGGAAAUGUAUAGAUGCUGUCCAAAAGUUAGCACUACAAUGGAAAAAUUGGCUCCUUCAAUUGAAAGCUUUAAAUGCAUCAACAAAAAUUAAUUUAAAUUUAAAUGCAGCUUUGCUCUCUGCUUUCAAGAGCACGGGCACUCAACCAGCACCUGCCUUUGGAAUGGGAGGACAGCAAACCUCAAGCUUUGGGCUGUCAAGCUUUCCUGUGAGCAGCAGCAGUACCAGUGCCAGCAGUUUCUCCUUUAAAACCAGUUCCAGCCUCGUCAGCUCAACAUCAUCCGGGAGCAGCCCUGGUGCCGGGAGCUCUUCUGCUGCUGCAAAUGCUCCUGCAUUUGGGACAGUGUCCUCUCCUGGCACAGCCCAGUCCGUGGGCUUUGGCAGCGCGGCCGCUCCAUCCGCAGCCUCCUUCUCCUUUAAAACAGCUGCCACAGCCGCUGGCUUUGGGACCUGUGGCUUUCCAGGCUUUGGCAGUGCUGCUGCUGUGAACUCUGCCAGCACCGCUCCGCUCCCAGCCUUUGGAGCCUUCAGUGCCGGCGUAGCCUCUUCCGCCUCGCCCUCGAGCGGUUCUUUAUUUGGACAGAGCGCCAGUGCCUCUGGACAUCCUGUCACUGUCACCUCCGCUGCAGCCACCAGCUCCAGCCCCACCUCGGAGAAGUUAUUCACGCCCAAGAGUGAAUUAUCAGCUGAAGAGUGGCAGCAGUUUGAAGCAAAGGAGCUCACGAUUGGAAAGAUUCCUCUUAAGCCACCACCAUUAGAACUUUUAAAUGCUUUUGGGCUUUAAAAUUUAUUCUGAAAUAUUGUUAAUUUUUAUUUUCUCUGUCAAUUCUCUUCCACAGGAAUAAAUGCACAAGUAUAAACUUCUGAA